GGGUCCUGGGAUGGGUUGUUCUGCCGGAAGGGGUACGCAAACUAUUCUUUCAAGUCUUAGCCAUGGAAUUAUUGAUAAUGAAUAGGAAGACAACACCGUGUGAUCCUCAUGAAACCGUGCCUAUCUCAAUACUGACCAGACCCCAGCAAUUGUCCCUUCACCACUCAUUCCACAUCUCCCACUUAAUAAUAGAUUAGCAUGAUUUCCUCUAUACCCUAUACAUCUAUAUAUACAUGUAAGAAUAAGUUCAUUGGCAACACCUACCUUCACAGUCUCAAGUACUUAAGAUCAUUACCUUUGCUUUCCGAGUUCUCUAAGAUCAUCCCUGUCUUUCCUUUUAUAUAUCCAUCGAAAACAACAAUGGCUAUCCGCCUGCCUCGUAUCGUGAGCUCCAAGAAAGUUCCCAAGGGUUACUUUGUAGUUUAUGUUGGAGAGAACCAGAAGAGAUUUGUGAUACCAGUGUCGUAUUUGAACCAGCCUUUGUUUCAAGAUUUGCUAGGCAUGACAGAAGAAGAGUUCGGAUAUACUCAUCCUACUGGUGGUCUCAGAAUUCCCUGCAACGAAGACCUCUUUGUCGAUGUUACCACUCGCUUGAAUUGAUUGUGAGAGAAUUAGCACAAAUCAGCAAAUGUAAUUUUGUAAAGCAAACUUCACUAAUACAAUGUAAACAUUUUUUU